AUGGUAUGCUGGGUCACCGCAGAGGAGGAUUUCACUUCCCCUCCAGAUUUUGAAGACACCGGCGCUAGCAACACCGGCGCCGGUAACGAAGAAGCGGAGCGGGCGGAACCUCCGGUUCGCCCUACUCCAAAGAAGAAGAAGAAGAAGGCCACCGCCUCUCCCACUAAGUCCGUGCCGGAAACUCCUGCGCCGGCAAGCCCACCACCGGCUAAGGGAACACCGGAAGCUCCUGCGCCAUCCAAGGACGCACCGCCAUCUCCUCCGGCACCUCCAUCUGGUGAACCUGCGGCCGCCAAGCCAGCUCGUCCAGAAGGCGCCAAUCUUACCGCUCAGCAGCUUGCUGCAGUGGUCACAGCGGCGACCUCGCCUCCUUCCGACUCGCAGACACUAGUGUUGCAUGCCAGUCGUGCCGCCGUUGCGGCCAGCGAGAAGGCCUCAGCUCAGCUGGGCCGGAUCGCUGAGCUCAACUGCGGUGAGGUCAACUUGGUCCCGCUGCUGGAGUAG